GUGGUGUCAGUGAUGGCUUCCCCCCAGUCGGCUGGCCGGGUUCCCCGUUAGAUGUGUGAGCGGAGCGGAUGGCUUCCCCGCAGCGCCCCGUCCGUCCUCCGGUCCCUCCCACAGCAGAGCCACCACUGCGGCAGAGGGGCGGCCGCCAGCGCUGUGCUGUGUCACUGAUGGAGGCUCGUGCUCUGCGGGGCCACAGGUAGUAGCUGAAGGGCCCCAGGAUUCCGCAGCAGAGAUGACGUUGCAUCGGGUGAUGGUGGAGUCCAGCGUGAUGGCAUUCAAUAAAUGGAAAGAAGCCUUUAUGCUGCAGCCUUGAAAGUAUCCUUGCGCCGAGUAGACGGUCACCUUGCGGGCACCUUGUGUUCUUCCACUCUGGUUUAUGCCAUCUGGCCGACCGUCACACAUUGUGAGCACUAGGAUUUCCAUCUCUGUCAUUACUGGGGAUAUCUUGUCCCAGCUACAAAAAACAAGGUGAUGGGUGACAUGAGCAAUAGUGAUUUCUACUCCAAGAACCAAAGAAGUGAUUCUAAUCAUGCCGCAGACUUCGGGUGCACCCUCGACGAACUGCGCUCUCUUAUGGAGCUGCGGGGAACAGAAGCCGUGGUUAAGAUCAAGGAAUGGUACGGGGACUCUGAUGGAUUGUGCAAGAGAUUAAAGACUUCUCCCACUGAAGGUCUGCCAGGCACAUUAGCAGAUCUAGAGAAAAGGCGACAAGUAUUUGGAAAAAACUUUAUACCUCCAAAGAAGCCAAAAACUUUCUUACAGCUUGUAUGGGAAGCUCUGCAGGACGUUACACUGAUCAUCUUGGAAAUUGCAGCCAUUAUAUCUUUAGGGCUGUCAUUCUACCAUCCGCCUGGAGGAGAUAAUGAAGCUUGUGCUGGAGCUGCUGCUGGGGCAGAAGAUGAAGGUGAAGCAGAAGCAGGUUGGAUUGAAGGAGCUGCCAUUCUUCUUUCAGUCGUCUGUGUUGUGCUUGUCACUGCCUUCAAUGACUGGAGCAAAGAGAAGCAGUUCCGGGGUCUCCAGAGUCGUAUUGAACAGGAGCAGAAAUUUACAGUGAUUCGAGCUAGUCAGGUCAUUCAGAUCCCUGUGGCUGAACUUGUGGUUGGGGACAUUGCACAAGUAAAAUAUGGGGACCUGCUGCCAGCAGACGGCCUCUUUAUUCAGGGAAAUGAUCUGAAAAUUGAUGAAAGUUCUCUAACUGGAGAGUCAGACCAGGUCCGCAAAGCUGUGGAUAAAGAUCCGAUGUUGCUAUCAGGCACCCAUGUGAUGGAGGGAUCAGGGAGAAUGCUCGUCACUGCUGUAGGUGUCAACUCUCAGACUGGAAUCAUUUUUACCUUGUUAGGGGCAAGUGAUACAGAGGAUGAGAAGAAAGACAAGAAAGGUGUGAAAAAGGAGGAUGGAGCCAAUUUACCAGUCGGCUCCACCCAUCCACCCUGUCACCUUCCUGCAGCUUCAGAUGGUGCCGCAGGGGCAAACGCCACUGAUAAUGCCAAUGCCAACUUAGUGAAUGGCAAAAUGCAAGAUGGGAAUGUGGAGAUCAUCCAAAAUAAAGCCAAACAGCAAGAUGGAGCAGCUGCCAUGGAGAUGCAGCCCUUGAAAAGUGCAGAGGGUGAUGGAGAAGACAAGGACAAGAAAAAAACAAAUCCACACAAAAAGGAGAAGUCUGUUUUGCAGGGAAAGCUGACAAAACUGGCAGUACAGAUUGGAAAAGCUGGUCUGGUCAUGUCUGCCAUCACAGUUAUUAUCUUGGUGUUAUACUUUACCAUCGAUACUUUUGUUGUCCAAAAAAGACAGUGGUUGUCCGAGUGCACGCCAAUAUACAUCCAGUACUUUGUCAAGUUUUUCAUCAUUGGCGUCACUGUGCUGGUUGUUGCUGUACCAGAGGGACUUCCUCUUGCUGUGACUAUUUCUCUGGCAUAUUCUGUUAAGAAAAUGAUGAAAGAUAAUAAUCUAGUACGACAUUUAGAUGCUUGUGAGACCAUGGGUAAUGCAACAGCUAUCUGUUCUGAUAAGACUGGCACAUUGACUACAAAUAGGAUGACUGUGGUUCAAGCUUAUCUCGCCGACGUCCAUUACAAAGAAAUUCCAGACCCUGAUGCUCUUCCAGCCAAAACCUUAGAUAUUCUGGUGAAUUCUAUAGGUAUCAACAGUGCAUACACCUCCAAAGUGCUGCCUGCAGAGCAGGGUGGUGGCCUCCCACGACAAGUUGGAAACAAAACAGAAUGUGGCUUGUUGGGAUUUGUGUUGGAUCUGAAGCAAAAUUAUCAGACUGUGAGAAACCUCAUCCCUGAAGAAAAACUCUACAAGGUGUACACCUUCAAUUCUGUGAGAAAGUCUAUGAGCACUGUGGUUAAGCUGGAAGAUGGAAGUUUCCGCCUGUACAGCAAAGGGGCUUCAGAGAUUAUCCUUAAAAAAUGUUCUAAAAUCUUGAAUGAAGUUGGAGAACCUCGUUUGUUCAAACCCCGAGAUCGAGAUGAGAUGGUAAAAAAAGUGAUUGAGCCAAUGGCUUCUGAUGGUCUCAGAACAAUCUGCAUUGCUUAUCGAGACUUCCCCCAGAGUCCAGAGCCAGACUGGGAAAAUGAAAAUGAUAUUGUAGCUGAUCUGACCUGUGUCACUGUUGUUGGCAUUGAAGAUCCAGUGAGACCAGAGGUACCAGAAGCGAUACGGAAAUGUCAACGUGCUGGAAUUACGGUCCGUAUGGUAACGGGUGAUAACAUUAAUACAGCACGUGCUAUUGCCAUUAAAUGCGGCAUCAUAAGUCCUGGGGAAGAUUUUCUCUGCAUAGAAGGGAAAGAAUUUAACAGGAGGAUACGCAACGAGAAGGGUGAGGUUGAGCAAGAAAGGAUUGAUAAAAUUUGGCCUAAAUUGCGAGUUCUGGCACGCUCCUCACCUACUGACAAGCACACUCUGGUAAAGGGUAUUAUUGACAGCACACAGCUGGAACAGAGGCAAGUGGUUGCGGUUACCGGGGAUGGAACAAAUGAUGGUCCGGCUUUAAAGAAAGCUGAUGUUGGAUUUGCAAUGGGCAUUGCAGGCACAGAUGUAGCAAAGGAGGCUUCUGACAUCAUCCUGACAGAUGACAACUUCAGCAGCAUUGUCAGGGCUGUCAUGUGGGGCCGUAAUGUGUAUGACAGCAUUUCCAAGUUCCUGCAGUUUCAGCUGACAGUGAAUGUGGUGGCCGUUAUUGUGGCAUUUACAGGGGCAUGCAUUACACAGGAUUCUCCCUUGAAAGCUGUUCAGAUGUUGUGGGUGAACCUUAUCAUGGACACCUUUGCAUCUCUUGCUCUGGCAACUGAGCCACCAACAGAGUCUCUUCUACUUCGGAAACCCUAUGGAAGAAACAAGCCUCUGAUUUCCCAAACUAUGAUGAAGAACAUUCUAGGUCAUGCUGUCUAUCAGCUGACUCUGAUCUUUACGCUACUUUUUGCAGGAGAGGAGAUCUUUAAUAUAGACAGUGGACGAAACGCACCACUCCAUUCCCCUCCAUCGGAGCACUAUACAAUAAUCUUCAACACGUUCGUCAUGAUGCAGCUUUUCAAUGAGAUCAAUGCUCGCAAGAUCCAUGGAGAGCGCAAUGUCUUUGAUGGAAUUUUUAGGAAUCCGAUUUUCUGUUUAAUUGUACUUGGCACAUUUGCAAUCCAGAUCGUGAUUGUGCAGUUUGGUGGGAAGCCAUUCAGUUGUUCGCCUCUUCAGCUUGAUCAAUGGAUGUGGUGCAUAUUUCUUGGCAUUGGGGAACUUGUGUGGGGUCAGGUCAUUUCCAGCAUCCCAACCAGUAGGUUAAAGUUCCUCAAGGGAGCUGGUCAUUUGACACGGAAAGAAGAGAACCAUGACGAGGAGAUGAAUGAAGAUGCUGAAGAAAUAGACCAUGCAGAACGUGAACUUAGACGUGGACAAAUUCUCUGGUUUCGUGGGCUUAACCGAAUACAGACCCAGAUCCGCGUCGUGAAGGCAUUCCGUAGCUCUCUCUAUGAAGGUUUAGAAAAACCGGACUCUCGAUCUUCCAUUCACAAUUUCAUGACCCAUCCAGAAUUUAAGAUAGAAGAUUCUCAGCCACAUAUCCCUUUAAUCGAUGACACAGACCACGAGGAAGACCCUGCCCUGAAGCAAAACUCCAGCCAGCCUCCCUCACCCAACAAAAACAACAAUGCAAUUGACAGUGGGAUCAAUCUCACCACAGAGACAAGCAAAUCAGCUACCUCUUCCAGUCCCGGGAGUCCGAUACAUAGCCUGGAAACCUCCCUUUAGCUGGAGACGGCAGUGCAACAGCAAAAUAAUUAUUCAUAAUCACAAAAGCAAUCAAUACUUGUGUCUGUCUGACAGUAAAGGUGACACCACUUGGAUGGUCCAUGUCCAGACAGUGCUUGGAAAGAAAAUGUGGCAGAUUUCUGCAAAAGCCGCAUGUUGCUCCCUCCCAAAAACAACUCUAACCAACCAUGUUCCUGCAUGAAUGUACAUUUACAAUCCCCUGCUCUUGUUUCAUUUUUUACAUAUGUUUCUGGAGGUUUCCAUGGAAGGGGCAGACUUGAAAAAAAAACAAGAUUUCCCCAGUCUACAGUAUUGAUCUUGUACUGAUACAUGAGCCACCAAACAGCAACUAGGUAAAGACCUCAAGCUUGGAAUCCUUUAUAGUGGAUUACUAUUUUUUUCCUUUUUGAAGUUCUAAACCUCACCUUGCACAGUGGAUUUACACCCAUAAUGACAGAAGAACAUAUAUAUGAGCGAUUUCUACAGAUGGCAGAUGUGUGUAUGUGUGUGUGUAUGUGUAUACACAUGUGGAAACCCCCUCACAUAAGUCAAAGAAGACACAUGAACAUUGGCAUAUCUUCACAGGUGCUGGGGCUGCACAACACCCCACCCACUAUUGCAUUUUUUCUCGUACAAAAAUCUGUGUACAAUCCCUUUAUGCAUGUGAGAAGGGAAAUAUGUUGUUCCCUAAAAAUAUAUGAGGUUAAAAAGAUAAAAAAAAAAAAAAUUACAAAAAAAAUGCUAAUAUACUUAUUGCAAGCAGGGUGCACGAAAAGGUUAUGUUUCUUUGUAUCUACCACUUGUAGUGGAUGACAUGCACAAAGCAUCGUUCCUGUGGAGAUCCGCACAACGCACACUUUCCUCGGACAGAUUCCAUUCUAGAACUUGAAGUGCAAUGUGGCUAGACAGUAGAAGGGACAUUCCUUCAUCAGACCAGUCAAGAUCCAAGUCUAAAUGGCUUCUCCGCCAUUCUCAUGGCAUGGCUGCUGCAGCAAAAAGAACCUACAUUGUAAAAACACAGGUUGUUUGUACCAUCCUGUCCCCCCUUAUGGGGCUAUAAUAGCAAUAAUACCCUUUUUUGUCUGGCCUGAGCAAUUCUUUGCUACAACGUACUCUUUAGUUCCUCAUUUGGCAGGCUGCUUUAUCUUCAUUUUGACAUUUGGUUUCGCUAUUUACAUCCUGAAAGAUGAAUGUAAUUUGUUUACAAGCUCAGUCAUGUUGCUGAGAGGCAAAGAAGUAAAUGCUAUAGGGUUAAAAGGUUUAUGGCGUCCAGACCUCAUGCGAAUAAUGGGCACAGGACAGAGCAGAGCACUUCAUCUAGCUAUAACGUUGCUACAAUAAAUGCUCUUUUUGCUUAGUUCAGUGGUCUAAAGCAGUCAUCAUAUUCCACAUUUUAGUACAUAUAGGUAUGUUUAUGUGCAAUAAUUAACCCUCACUUUUGGUACGCCUUAACCAUGUUAGUUAUUCUUGACCACAUUAUUUGGUGAUUAUUGUACUUUACAUACAGUGGUCAUUGAGGUGUCAGGUCCUCCACCCUUCUAAUGUUGCCACUGUCAGACUAUUUCUUUACAAUCAACAGUGUUACCUAGCUAGAAAUUACAUUACGGGUACAUAUAAAGCAGCAACAGUCUGAAGGUAUAGCUCAUCUCGAUAAACAUUUCAUCUGUACCUUACUGGCGAUCAAUCGGCGGCGCUCAUUUCAUCACUAUAUGAUAUUCUGGUGAAAUUCCCCCAGGUCUGAUCUGCUCCACCUACAAAAUAUUAGGAGAGACUGAAUGAAUCCAGCCAGAACGGACAGAACCUGAUUAUUCACACUUGAAGCUAGAUCAAUAAAAUAUGGCAACCUGCAUGGUUAGCUUCACUGGUAGAGUUUCCAGUAUAGAAUACUGUAUAUGACAGCAAUAUUUACAAAUCAUCAGCACUAAAGUUAAGCUAUGGCUCCACCUAUAACUAAAAAACAAUAGAAAAUGACAAGUCCUUAAUGUCAUGAUCAUUGCAGUGACAAGCUAUGGGGUAUGUUGGAAUCAGCAACAGAUAUGGCAGCCUUGAUCCUUUGCCUGGCACAGUGAACACUGUUCCUUCUCUUCUCUGUAGCCUUUCUGUUUAUGACCGCACUCCCCCGCUAAAGGUAGCAGCUCAUAGGUUCAGCUCAUAGACUAUAACAGAGGAUACCUGAGUCACAAUAAUUAAGAAAAAACGCUGUAAAAUCAAAAGUUUGGCAGCUUUCUAAUGGACGUAUUACAUGUCCUCACGGUUUUCAAAAUGUGUUUGCUGAGAGAAAAUGGGAACAAUCACUGUUCACACCCAAAGGCUGAAAACCCACCCUGCUCACACAGUGCAUACCUGUGUAUGUCAGAUGAACAAGAAUGGGUUCUCCACUUCUGGAUGUAGACAAUAAACGUACACUGAGUAGCAGCGGAUGUCAUCAUAUAAGUGGGCUGUAUUUUUAGAAGACUGGAGAAUGUCUGCUUUUUUCUAAAAACCAAUCCACGUCUGUACAUAAGCUGCAAUACCAAACACAGUCCAAGGGUAAGAGUGGUAUAGUUCCUGAAAACAAAAGCAGACCCUGGACAACUCAAAAAGCACCACUUUUCUUAUUAUUUUUUAAUAAAAGAGAGGUGGUGGUUAACCUCAGGCAUUUGCUCAUUCAGGAUUUAUAUAGAAAAGGAAAUGAUCCCAAAUACAUAACUUCAGUUAGAGAAGGCUAACACUGGGGCUAUACACAAAAAAGUUAAGGCAAGGAGGAAGUAGUGAAGUCUAAGUUCACGAGUUCCGCAUGCACUUACUGUAACAUCUCUUGAGGUCUGGUAGAUCCCACUCACACAACAAAAAGCUAGCUUGUGUUUUUAGUGGGUUUUUCCCACUGACUUCAGUAGAAAUGCAGUUUAUUGACUGCAAGUGGUAGUGGUGCGGCUCUGUAAACAGCCAGAAUAAGGGGCCAUAAAAAAUUCACCAUAAAUCAUCCCAUGUGCUGAAUCUAUAUUAUAAGAGAACCUCUUGUAAUAUGUUAUAUUUAUGAGUGCAGCCUUCAUGGUCAGAUCCAUGGAUCGCUUUCCUGAUUCACAGCCCCGUAUGUUGAAGGCUCCUGUAGAUCACUGCACUACUACCGGCUUUAUGUUAACACAUUCUGACCUUCCCAACUUUGAAUAUUCUGCAGUACCUUUUGUAAUCUCUUUUUUUACAGUUUAAAAACUAUUGAAACAUUACGGUACAAUAAGAAAGGUCCAGGCAAACUUAACAAAUCUUUCCUGUAUAUUAAUGAUACAUUGCACAGAUUCAGCCCACUAAUAAUGGAAAUGCGAGACACAAAACUCUACAUUGUUAAUCAAAGCAAUAAGUGUGUUUGGCUGGUCAACAUCAGCUCCAUCUUGUUUCCAGUCUCUACAAGCCAUUGUCUCCUCUAGAUUCGACACUGUGCCACGUGCCAGGGAACUAUACGGUAAAGUUAAAUUCUGAGAACUCCCUAUUAUCAGUGUGGUAUAAUCCCUACUGAGACUUGCGUUGUCUUAUGGUUUCAAGAGCCAACAUCGAGGAGACAGAAAUGAAUCCCUGGCAGUGGAUGACUAUUGCGCAGGUUUAAUGUUCCCCCAAGAAUGGCGCACUGAAAAAUGAUUCACCUGCAGCUGCUUUCUGUGUCUGUCUCUACUUAAUAACUUGUUAGAAAUUUUUGCACGCAUUAUCACAGUGUAAAAAUCCCACUCCCUGACUUGAGUAGGAUUCAGGAAAUGGAACUGUGUGUAUUUUUAAAAACUCAUUAUUAACACAAAUGUGCUUUCUACGUUCUGUCUUUAGCAGCAUGGGAGAUGUGAAAAAAAGGCAAAAAAAAACUAAAGCUAUAUAAAGAUCUAUACAUAUAUAAAUAUAUAUAUAUAUACAGAUAUUUAAUGGUACAAUCCAUUCUGUAAAUGAUUUCCUCUGUCUGUGCUAGAGAGUCGACUCUGCUUUGCACUGAGGGAGGAAAUGCUUGGUUCGCCCAUUUUUACAUACUUUUUUAAUUCUAGAGGAUACUAAUUGUAAAUAAAAAAACAUUAUGUCUAUGUUCAUUUAAUACUAUGCAAAGGUUAUGCUCUGUAUCGCUGAACCUACUCCUGCAGUGUGAUACUGGAAUGUUUGUGGUUUUAAAAAGAACAAAAAAAACUUUAAAAAAGGAAAAAAGUGAAAUAACUGCUGUAAAUUAUUUUAUAAUCUACAACCAGCAAUGCUGAGGGUUUACUCUUGCUGCUGUGAUUGUCUUUUUGGAUGAUUCCUGGCAGGAGCACAAGUGGAAACAAAGUAAUAAAAAAAAAAGAAAAAGAAAAAAAAAAGAAAAAUAAAUUCACAAAGCAGCAUGAAACUGGA